AUGGAUUUUCUGUUGUCUCUGUUGCUUGCGCACUGGCUUGAAUACUGUGCAGACGGUGGUGUUUGGAGGCUCAAUUACCUUCCCUUACAUUGCCAAGUUGUCUUAAUAUUGGAAACAGUAAUAAAUACUCUCAACUCCGCUUUAGUAGUUAGAGUUGAUUCUCCACCUAUCAAGUUCUCAAUUGAACCUCUAUAUCGAAAACAAGUGGACUCCAUCAUUCGGAAUAGAAUUACCACGCAUAUACCUGCAGCGGUCAUCAUUCGAGAAUAUCGACCCAGUACUACCGUUUCAGAGCAGAACUCGAUGGAAAUACCUCGAAAAAUCCUUGCCCAUCGACAGUUGGAUAACACUGUUUCUGCAGUAGUGAGGGCCGUGAUCUGUCUUAUCGUUGUUCUCGAUGGCCACGUCCUAACCUUGUCAUCAACAAUUCGCCGAGUAACUACCUUGAUGUUGUGUAUCGAUAUGAUCACGGAGUUUCGGAACGGUUUUCGAAAGUCAAAAGGCGGCGAUAGAACCCGGAUCGAUACUCAAACGGGGUUCUAUUACGCUUCAGCUAUAUGGAUCGCGGUCUUUGAUAACGACAAUUCUCUUUGGAAUUUCAAAAUCAUCCAAAUUUUGGUGGUUUUGGGCGACAUGUGCCAGCAAAAGAAAACUGGGACCACUCAUGGAGCGUCAAUCAUGGUACUGUUUCUAUUUGCGAACCAUCAUAUACCUUUUCAACUGCAGGAUGAUAGUCCUGGAGACUCAUCCCUUUCGGACCUGCAUCGAAGAGAUGUCUUUCUCGAGUUGUGCAAGUCCAAUACAACACAAGAAGCUACUGGUGAAAAGCGUGCAGGUGAAGGCUGGACUCGUUCAGAAUUUACAUCUCUGAUGUCAACAAUUGUAACGCCCCUUGUGGGACCGGCUGUGGGAGCGUUCUGGGGCUCAAUCUUCGCCUUUGCAAGCCCCAAAAUUUUGCAGAAGAUAUGUACAGCGUUGAAAGAUUGGCAGAUGUCUAGACCAGUGACAUCAGGAGCCCAUUGGGCAAUGGACUCCGCGCGACCAAUCAUUCCGCCUAGCCCUUCACAGAUGGAAGCCGGCACUCGGAUUAUAGCCAUGCAAAACGUUCAUCCCAGCAUACACGUCCUUCCACCGCCUGCAACGAUCAGGGCUUCAAGGAGCCGCACAUUCUUUGGCCGCUGGUGA